AUGGCGUCACCUCCGUCUCCCCCCCCAGCGCCCGACAACCCACAAGAAUCUAGCAGUAGCUUCUCUGAUAUGGAACCACAAUCGCGGCGGGAUAAUGACCGGGAGGGUGCUCACGACGCAGUGCCAGUUGAUAGUCACGCUGAAGAAUCCGAUGAUACAGUUUUACUCAACCGUCGAUUAUCCUCCGAACUCGAGGCCGACGCUGAGGUGGGGACACAGUUGGACGAAGUCUCCAACGUAGAGCUCAUAGAUUGCAAUCGCGAACCCGAGACCGAUUCACAAAGCAAUGUGCGCCCGGUCACAGAAUUUUCCUCCCCGACUGAGGCUGAGAUAUCGCGGAAGGAAGAUGAGCUCCGGAAAUGCUGGAUAUGUUAUACCGACGAGUCGGAAGAUUCACCUCUCAAUACGGAAUGGCGGUCACCAUGCCCGUGCGCCCUCAGCGCGCAUGAAGCAUGCUUAUUGGAUUGGCUCGCGGACAUGGAGAACACUGACGGCUAUAACCUUCAUAAAGAAGGGGCAACGAUGCUCUGCCCACAGUGCAAGUCAGAGAUUCACAUGUCACGACCACGUAAUCUAAUACUUGACCUUGUACGGAAAUUUGAGGGGACUGUCUGGGCAGGAUGUUGCGCCCAUGGAGUAUACUCCAUGUAUUUCAUUUUCGGCAGGGAAAAGGCACUGCAACUCUUAGCAGGUGCUACACAGGGGCCGUGGAACCCUCGGUUGAAUUUGGGCCUUCCGUUGAUUCCAGUAUCGCUGAUUUUAUCGAGAACUCGAUACUCUGACGGCUUGCUCCCUGCCAUCCCUGUCAUAUUCUUUGCAACACACCAUCCAUAUAACCAGGACAUGGAUAUUCAGUUAUGGCCGCCAAGCGCAGCCAUGACCUUUGCCGCGUUACCAUACGUUAAAAGUUUCUACAACAUACUUUACAAGAAAUUUUUUGGCAAGCUAGAGCGGCAAUGGAUUUCAACUGUGCGGACACGAUUGAAUGCAGACGAUGGGAACCAGGAAGGCGAUGGACAAGGCCAGGGCACCGACGACGAUCAGGCAGAAGGCGAGAUAGUCAUGGAGAUAGAGUUACAAGUGGGACUCAACGGCAACGAGCAUCAAGUAAUACACGCCAUCGAAGAGGAGGAACGGCGAAAUGACGAACAACCAGGUAACCAAGUCCUGGCAAGGCGCCAAGCUGACGUCCUCCGCGAAACGACCAAUCUUGCAGACAUCAUCCUCGGUGCCCUGAUUUUCCCAGCUAUCUCCGCCGGGAUGGGUGGGAUAUUGAAAUUAGCACUUCCCAAGGCAUGGACAAAUCCUCCUUUACCAUUCGAGAGAGGUAGACCAUGGUUACUCCAAACUCGAUGGGGGAGAAGCGUCAUUGGCGGCUGUGUCUUCGUUUUACUCAAGGAUGCCCUCACGCUCUAUUGCCGAUAUAAGCGCGCUCGCUUGCACUCUCAACGAGUUAUAUUAAAUUAUGACAGGAAGACACAACAACCCGUCUUACCAUCAGCAUAG